CCUAUUCUCUGCGUGACGCUACGCUGCAUCAAAACAUCAAUCACCAUUGAUUUCUCUCUUCCCUUACAAGAUAUAUAUAUAUAUACACAAUGUCUAGCGUUGAUGGUACAAAGUUUACUCUCAAAGUGAUGAUCAACAAACAGAAAUCCAAGGUACUAUUUGCAGAAGCCAACAACUUCGUCGCCGACGCUUUGUUAGGCUUCCUAACCUUGCCCUUAGCAAAGAUCUUGAGAAUUCUGAGAUAUCAUGAGAUGUACUACGGCUACAAGGCACCAGUCAUUGGAUCUUUAAGCCGCUUGUACAUAAAUCUAUUUUGUAGUGAUAAUUCCAGUAAAAACGAUGAUAAUAAAUUGUUGUUUAUGGGAAGCAUGUCGUUGGAAGUUGAAUACAGGAAAUUAUUAGGCGAUAUUUUUCCAAAAGAUUAUAUUUGUUCAGAUUCCAACUGCCCUCAUUAUGGAUACGCAAAGGUAAAAGAGGUUUCUGAAAUAGGUAUUUGCGUCUGUGGAGAACCUAAAUGUGGUCGUGCUCUCACAAAGCCGGCGACAUUUGUAAUCUCCGAUGAUCUACGUGUCGUUCCUAUGCACUCUGGUUUCUUGCAGACGCUCAAUAAUCUCGGCAUUUCAGACAUCCAUGGCGCGGAGCCGAAGAGCUUGAAUCUUGAGUUUCAUGAUGUUGUGAAUCUGCUGAAGCUGUCUUUAACUUCCUCGACUCCAUUGACGGAUCUAGUAUUCAAAAACUCUGAGAUAAAGCCCAUCUCCCCAAAGAUUGAACCUAUUCACAUGGGGCGAGGAAUUAUUAACCAUGCAGCCAAGAUAAUUUUGAAAGUCUCUUUGCUUAAAUCGACGAAUAAUUUUUUGUUUGCUGAAGCUAAGGAGGAUUUCGUAGAGUUUCUUUUUAGUAUGUUUGCUCUUCCUCUAGCAGAAGUUGUGCGCCGCUUGGAUGGAAAUAUUCCUUUCAAGAAUAUUGAUAAUUUAUACACGAGUGUAGCAGAUUUCAUCGACGAAGAAUAUUUUAGGGAUUACGACACAAAAACAAGUCUAACCAAUCCCAAAAUAGAUCACGGUUAUUUUUCAUUGAAACAGAUUGUUCAAAUUGAUGGCAAUGACGAAUCAAAAGUGUUUAUUGUAAGUGAUAAUUUAACAGUGGAGCCUUUUAGUAUAGCAACGAUGGUUUCGAAACUCAACGACUACGGAAUUUCCUUGUCGGAUGUGAAAGAAACGGAGAUACAAAUUGGAGCGAGAGAGGCUUUGGAGAUUCUGCGAGCUUCUCUGGUAUCAAAAACGGCUCUGACUGAUGCCUUAAUCACUCCCAUGCUCAGCCGACUCCCAAAACCACAGCUCGAGAAUGCAACUAAUCUGUUCGGUCUGUGA